AUGGCUACGCAUGAAAGCAAGGAGAAGGAACCCAUAAGGAAGCAGAAGAUGCCUCCUUUGUCAAGAAAGAGACUGUUUAGAAAUGAUGCUAACCGUAUGCUAAGAACUCUGGUGGAAGCGCUAUCCAGUGUAAGCGCACCACGAGAGAGGUCUAUGUCGGAAUUAGCAUCUGAAAUGAGCAAACGGAUUAGUCAGAGCAAACCCUCGACUUUCAAUGGUAAAGGGGAACCGUCGGAGCUUGAACUCUGGUUAAGAGAAUUUGACAAACUUUUUGAUGUAGUAGAAUGCCCAGAAGAAUUGAAAGUCAAUCAGGCUGCAUUUGAUUUGGUUGGAGAAGCCGAUUACUGGUGGGCAAACAGUAGAUCGGGGUUGUUGGAGCAGGCUGAGGGGGAUUUUGGUUGGGAACUGUUUAAAAGGGCCAUGCGAGAGAAAUUCUAUCCGCUGCACGUAAGGAAAGAUAAGUCGAACGAGUUUGCGCGAUUAGAGAUGGGUGGUAUGACUGUUGUUGAAUAUUACCACAAAUUGAUAGAGUACCUCAAGUAUUGUCCUAAUGACGUGCCCACUGAGGAGAAAAAGAUGCAACGCUUUGAGCUAGGGAAUAUCUUGAGGAAGGAGAAGGAAAGAGAGAAAGGUAAUCUCCCCGAGAAGAGAAAAGAAGGUACUGAUCAGGCAUCAGGGAUUCCAGCAGGUUUUUAUCAAAAGAAAGCCAGAAAUUGCGGCGAUUUUCAAGAAGGUGGGUCUAGUGCAAAUGCGGGCUUUAGGGGAGAAGCUAAGCCUGCGAAGCCAUUAUUGGAUCGAGAUGGCAGUGAGUGGAAUUACUUCUGUAGGAGGUGCAAGAAAAACCAUCCGGGAAAAGAUUGUGAUAGAAAUCUGGUUGAGUGUAAUUUUUGUCACAAAAGAGGCCAUAGAGAGUAUGAAUGCUACAUAAAGAAAGGAGGUAGAAGUCAACAGCCGGGUGGGCAACACCGACAACAGAAUUCAAACAACGCCGGCAGUCAAGUCAGCGGACAGUACGGGAAUGGAAAUCGUGGCAAUGCUGGUCAGAGGUUUCAGCGACCUUUUAAUGGGGGACAAGGCCGGAUAGAUGGGAACCGGGUUGAAGAGUCAGAAAUGCAUCGUGGGGGCAAUCAAGUGGGAGAAAUGAAUGCACAGCCUGCUAAUGGAAGAGUAUCUGCGGUCAGUGCAAGAGAAACUGACCAAGCGACGGAUGUGGUUACAGCUACAUGUUCUUUUCUUGCAAAUAGUAAAGUAGAAGAAUUGAAUUUAGGAACUUUUGAAAAAGUUUCUUGUACGGUGGCUGUCCCAUCGGGUAAAUUGUACAGUUGUGAUAGACUGUAUAAGGAUGUACCCUUGAAGAUAGGAAAAGUUGUUUUUCCUAGUGACUUAGAGCAGAGAGUAUUGUUGGAAGGACCACGAGGGGAAAACGUUAGAUAUAGAAAGUUUCCCAAGGGGCCCAGAACGAAUUUGGUGUUGAUCUUAGAAUUGCAAAGACUCGUGAGGCAAGGACACCCUUUGUACUUAUGUCUUAUCAGCCAAGGGGGAAAGAAGGAGGAGGAUCCCAAGGAUAUUGCUGUAGUGAAUGAAUUUGUGGAUGUUUUUCCUGACGAGAUUCCCGGUAUGCCACCUCAACGGGAAAUUGACUUCACGAUAGACUUAGUACCUGGGACUGGACCGAUUUCUAAUGCCCCUUAUCGGAUGAACACGUUGUACGCAAAAUUGUCAAAGUGUGAGUUCUGGUUGGAAAAGGUAUCAUUUUUGAGUCAUUUUGUUUCUAAAGAGGCUAUUUCGGUGGAUCCGGCGAAAGUAGAGGCAGUUCGAAGCUGA